AUGGCUGCCCUACGCAGCAACUCCGCCGAAUUGGGGGGUGCGCGGCUCUGCGUGGUUCGCGAGGAGCCCGCCCGAGGACCACGCGGUCACUCCGUGCGCCGCCCGUUGUCUCACUCUAGACGAACGAGUGAAGAAACUGCUGCAAGACUGCGUGUGCCUGCCUCGAGUCACACGAGGUACCAUGCAGCUCUUUACCAGCGCUGCUCUUCUAGGGAGUCUCGGCGUGCUGAAUUUUGGAAGAACGGGAGUUCGAGAGCUCCCGCGCGGAGCUCGCGAGAGAGUCGUUCGCCGUCCCCACCUUCAGACGGUCAACCACGCGCCUCCAGGAGCCCGGCAGGCGCGGGAGCGUCGCGUGUUCACGCAAGCCGCCAAGCUGCAAAAAACGGGGGGGAUGAAAAACAGCUGAGCCAUCUCCGGCUGGUUGGCUGUCUUGUCGCGCCCGGAGAGGGGCGCCGUGAGGAUUACGGCGCUUUUACACAGAAUCCAAGCGGUGCCGAACGCCUGCUGGGGCGCGCUCUGUCCGGCUCCACAUGCAAUUCUGAUUCGUCGCCCUCGCCUUCUUCAACGAGGGUUUCAUUCUUUCCCUCUGAAGAAGAGAGAAGUGCGACAUCAGGAUCUCAGGGGCCAGCGGCCGCGGAGGGCUCUCCCUCCUCGUCGGUAUCGCCCACGCACUCUGCGUCGCCUUCCGCUGUCGCUCCACCUCGCGCCGGCUCCAGGGCCUCGCUGCCGCCGUCUGAUGCCUCGCCUGCGACCUCGGCGCCAGGCUCUCACUCGGCCGCGCGGUCUUCCCGGAGGCCUGCGAGCGCGGCUGGCGCUUCCCGGGGGGUGACACUCGGCGUAGCGUCGGCUAAAAGGAGGGAGGAAAGCUCCUCAAGUUCACAGAAGACAGCAUGGAAACCUGCGGAGAAGAUGUCAGGUUCCUUGCAUCGACAGGGGCCCCUUCGGCCGUCUUCGGGCCCUUCUCUCUCGUCGUCCUCGCCAGUCUCUGCUACGCAUUUCAGACAGCCGCGAGAGGGCUGCGCCGGGCGACCACCAUGGCGUCCUUCUGGGCCAAGUCUCGCGCUCCGUUGGUGCAACGCGAGGCCGGCUGCUGGGUGCAGAAACAGUUCUUCAGUGUGCAGGUCAGCAGGAAACGAAGAGACGCGACGGACCUCGAGAGCGGAAGAGCGGAAGCGGAGACAACCGACUGGACGAGGCGAAAAUGGCGAGGCCCGGAAAGAGGAUCAGCAGGGGAUUUAUGAGCGAGAAACACGACGUGCACAAGAGGGCGGACAGGAGCCCGCGAACGCGAGACGACAGAAAGCAGGAACGAGAUCGAAGGUGCCUUUGCUACCCAUUUUGAGCAGCGGAGAAGAACAAGAAGACGAAGAAGAGACAAGACCCGUGACGGAAGCUGAGGCUCGCAGUGCCAAGAGACAGGCUCUGGCGCAGGACCUGCGCAUGCUCUCCCAAGAUUGCGAGUGCGGCGCCGGAGGUGAGUUGUGGACGUUCUUCAGCGACGGCGUGGAGCGCGAAACGCGUAAAAUUGCGGAACUGGAAAUGCUUGAGAAGACGCUGGAGGAUCGCCUGGAGCACGUCGCCUCCCUGCUCAAGUGUCGGUACACCCGGGGGGUUCUCGCUCGGCUCCUGCGAGUCGAGACACGCGAAGAUCUCAGCCGCGUCCUCGAGCCGCGAAGCAUCGAAAAAGCGCAAUCGAGAAGUGUGGAGCACACCUCACGUGUUUUCGGAAAAGAGCAACCUGCCAAUCACGCGGAGACAGAGAGAAUCGACACGCGGGCAACCUCUACUGGCUCGGACGAAGACCGCCGCCAGACACAGCCUUUCCCGACUGAGCGACUCACCGGUUCCCCUGUCUACCAGCCCGGCGCGCGCGCUGCGUCGCCUCGCUCGACUGCCCCCUCUGCCGCUCUCGGUGAAGAGGAAGAGACAGUCGCUCAAAAGGAAGACGACAGCGCAGAGCCACAGUCACGAGAAGAAAGCGACGGCGCAGAGGAGGAGCGACACGAGAUAGCUCAGCUGUUGACCGCGAUCCAGACGCGGCAAGCGCUCGAGGGAGCAAGCGGCGAAGCCGUGCACAUGGAGGAGUCACCUGUGUCCGUGGAGACGCUUGAGCAGGCCCUGGCUGUGCGCCUGGAAGAAGAAAUCGCGAAAGCGAAUCAGGACGCAGACACUGCGAACGCGCUUGACAGCGAGAUACACGCGGCGGAAAAGGAGACAGAGGAACUUCGGAAUGAGCACACACGUCUCCUCAGGGAUGCAGACUGCCUCUCCAAAGAGGUCUGCCGCCUGGAGGAAGAAGUUCUUCGUCUCCGCGAGACCGCGCAGGCGAAGCUGUCGUUGAGGAGAGAGCGAUCACGGAAGAAGAAGGUCGCUCUCUUGCGCCGGAAGCGCGAAAGCUUGCGGCACCAAAGACAGGAAAUGCAAGCUGCGGCAGAGAGUCUCAAGGCCGACUUGCAUGCGGCAGUUGGAGAGCUGCGCACCUUCAUCCAGACUCAGACUCUCUUUUUUCCGCGUUCGUCGGGCCCUGACAUGAGUGCUUCCCUUUCGUGCAGCGCCGCAAUUCCUUCUUCCGUCGUCAAGGAGGAAAAUCGACUGUGGCAGGCUGCGAUGGAGCACGCGCAAGCCGAACAAGAAGGACUUGAUCAGCGCCUCGAAGAACUCAAGGCAGAAGAGAGAGAACUCGACGCCGCCAUGACGAGCGAAGGGCGCAGACUCCGCGCGCUCCGAAGAGAACUGAAGCAGCUCGAGUGCGGAGACUCGCCAUCGACUGGUGCCCAGACUGAGAAAGAAGACGCGGCGGAAGCCGAAAGCGACAGAAGCAAACACGGAGAGGGCGCCGCACCGAUUGGCCGCAACGACGUCGCAGACCGCGCAGCCGCUCUCGCAGCUCGCCAUCAGGAACUUCUUCACCGAGAUGAAGCCCUGGGUCGCCUGCGGGCAUGGUGGCAAAACUACGCUGUACACGAGCUGGAGCACGAGAGGGAGCAAGCUGAAAAGGCUCGAAAACGUCAGUCGCUGAAGCUCUCCUCGCUUCGUACGCACCUCGCUUCUCUACUUCGCCGGAAAGGCAUCUCGCUGCCUGAGUUCAUCUCCGCGCUGCUCGCGGCCUGCCCGCCGCCUUCGUGCGCGUCUUCGCCGCUUCCAUCGCCUUCGUUGUUCGCGGCGGGCUCGACCGCGUCUUUGACGCCGCCCCUGGAGUGCCUCUCUCCGCGUCCUCCGCGCGCCACGUCCUCUCCGGCGUUCUCCCAUCCUCCCUGUGUGCACGGCUCGGAGUCGACGUCGAACCUCGGCUCAGACGCGCGGCCUCUGGAAUCGCAAGUGUCGCACAGCGCGCCCAGUGCAAACGACCCCAGCGGCCUCUCUUCGCCUUCCUCAGGCCUGUCGUGCCUCUCUUACUCGCUCCUUUCUUCGCCCCUGGGUACCUCCGCUUCGCAGAGCUCUGGAUCUCAAUCGGCGUCGCAGUCCCAGAGGGGGUCGAAGGUCUUCUCGCGCCUGUUGAGCCUGGAGCCCGGCUCGCGGGCGGAGGGGCUUGGGGACAGCAGACGAAGUGCCUCGUUUGUCUGUUUUUCCGCCGCAUGCGUCGCUGACAAGCAGGGGAGGGAGGCGCUUGGCGGCGCGGCGCGAGGCAAAAACGUCUGCUUGCAGAGGAAAGACGGGAAUGACGCCAAAGGACUCUGCUGGCGACUCGCCCGCGAGGCAGGAGUCGGGGCCAGGGGGGGGGGAGCCCCGCUGGCGAGUGAGACAGACGCGGAAAGAGCCGAGGCGCGACCGCGGAGAUCGAGACUCGCAGAGAGCUUCUCCACCGCGGCGCCGGCAGUGAGUGACGUUGCAGGCGGGUACAGAAGCAAUCAAACUGUGUCGAGAGAGGGAGGCGGCGAGACUGUCCUUCGCAGAGAAGAGUACUACUUCUCCGCCUCAGGCAGUCCGGCGUCUGCUGCGAGCUUCUCCCAACAGCUGCAUGCGUUCUUCGUGGAAAGGGAGAUCAGCGCCCCGACUCUGUGCCCCCCAGCCGCCUGCGGCGACACAAGAUAA